AUGGUAAUUAAAAGCCUUCGGAGGGCGUUGUUGUCCUGUGCAGCAUUGGCUGCACUUGCACACAGCUUGGUGCACAGCUGCUUGGCGGCCGCUCGGCCGCUCAACAAUGCACCUACAUCCGCUACUCAGAGUGGUGUCCAGGGACGCAGCUCUGUUGCAGGGGUAUCAGACAAUCCACAGGAAUACGUUCCAGGACUAUCGGGUUUCCUCGAAGGUAAGAACCCCGCAUAUCAGGUUGCUGCUUUGAACAGCCGACGCCACUUGGAAUCAGCCGUCUUCGUCGGGACAUCUGAGGACAGGGUGGAAGCUUAUCAGCCUCAACACAGCUCCAAUGAGACAAAACCACUUCCUCAGUUGCAGCCCUCUGGCGCUGACCCUGCGCCUCCUUCCAAAGUGAAAGACUACAACGAACGGCUUGCUCAGCACAAAAUUUCUCCGGGCAUCCCUCCACCUCGGCGCCUGCAAUUGCUGGCUGGUCUCUCCCAACUUACUCAGCUGCCGCAGCUUGGUACUCUCCCGAAUUUUCUUGGCAGUGGGCUGAGCGCGCGUGACAGAGAUCAGCUGGAAACCUUUUCCAGAAGGGUCGCCACCAGCAGAGAACGCGUAUAUAAGGACUUGCUGUUCGCCACCGGGGGAAGGCUGCAUGGGAUGGACGAAUUUGCAAUGAAGCAGCUGGUGACCAAAGUCGGCCUCGAGAACUUGUCCUCCGGUACUGUUCCAUCUUCCCAUCAGUUUUCUCACCAGGAGUUGCGUGUACUUGACGCAGCGCGGCGAAGCCACUUCAGCGUGCAGCGAAUCAUUGCGUCCUAUGAACGAGAGGUGGCCCAGCACGCGAGGACCCUUCGAAAUACCCUGGAAGCAAGCAUGAACAACCCAAUCAUCCGUUCAAAAAUAGCAUCAAUUGCCUCUGACAACCUCUUCAAGCGGCCUAGGGAAGUGAGUGUUCGACGGCUUCAGGACUCCUCUCGCAACAGAAGUCUUGCUGCGCUGUUGCAAGGUCCGGGCCUGUUGGGCAGUGCGAGUUCCUUCAUCCGUUCUAUGGACCCCUCGGGCCUUUCCCAGUCCCUGAGCGCUGGACUCGGCGGACUGGGGCUUCAGCACUUGCAUCUUCCCAAUAUUGGAGGCCUGGGUCUCCAUCAGGACGGCACCUCUCAGGGGUUGCUGCCCAUUACGGACAUCAGUGGACUCCAACAGGCACUCCAGGCUGUGUUUCCGCUCUCUCAGCAGGUGACGGCUCUCUCGGGCCCCCUUCGAUCGUUUCAGCAAGGUGUCGAGACAGCUACAGACGGUGCGAUAGGAGCAUUUCUGUCAAGAGAGGGACUUCUGCCAUUUUUGUCUGUUGGUACUGCUAAGGAGCUUCUCGGUGGCCUUAUAGGGGGGGAGGCAGUUGGCCCUCAAGGGCUAAGGGGCUGGGACGACUUGGGACUGUCCCCUGUUUCUGUAAGUGGGCUUGCAGCGGUGAUGCCUUUCGACACGUUCCUCACCAAGUUUGCCGCGUUGGCCCAUGAAGUUGAUUCGGAUGUGGGAGUAAUGAAGAGAGAAGCCAGAAAGCGCCUCGGUGCAGGGGGGGUUUCUAUGCUCCCAGAACAACUGAGCCAAGUUGACAACAUCCUAGACCGACUUGUGUGGGGCACCCUGCGGGCACCGGUAAGGCGGUUGCAGCAUACAGAGGCAACCGGCGAAAUGAGGCAUGAUUGGCAACCUCAUCUGCAUGCUCCAGCUCAGCAUAUGACACACGCCUUCCCGAUGGCUCAAAUACCAAAUGUAGAAGGGCAGAAUCUACCUAUGCCAGCCCAGCACAGACUGCAACCUCUAGUGGUGCCAAAUCACCAGCCUAAGCAAAUAACUCCCAGUAACCUUGCACUCAAACCCAACCUGCCACCCCCGCCACAACAAGCAGUUCCUGAGCCUGAGCCAUCAACUCGUGGCCAUGAGCAAUCUCCUGCCGAACAUCAGGUAUCUCUUCCCGACCAUGGGCAACCGUCUCCAGAUCCUGUGCAGUAUCCUUCCGAGCUUGAGCAACCAAUGUUCGAGCCUGAGCAGCGUACUGCCGAGCCUGAGGAGCCUACUUCCGAGCCCGGGCAGACAACUGCCAAUCCGGCGCAAACUACUUCCGAGCCUGAACGAACUACUCCCAAUCCGGAGCAGCCUAGGUUUGAGCUUCAGCAGCCUACAGCCGAUCCUCAACAGCCUGUCUUGGAGCCUGAGCCUGAGAAGCAAGCACCAGUGGGGCAGGAUCCUCAAGCUGACCAACAAGAGCAAAAUCAACAGAAGGAGGACAACGGCAACGCCAUAGACACCUUGUUUGGCGCCAUGCUCGGCAAUGACAUCGUAGGGAUGGAUCCUGAAGAGGCGAUGCAGGCGGCGCUACAGCGAGUUGAGCUCUUGGCGGAUGCCGUCACCGUCCUGCUAAAAGAGUAUGAAAAAGCAGUGGAGCACCUACAGGACCUUCUAGAUGACCAGUUAGAUGCUGCGGAGGAAAUCCGGGAGGAGCUUGAAGAUCAAGUGACGGAAAUGAAGGAUCAGGUUAAAAUAGCACAGAAACCAAAGCGCGAAGGAGCAGCAGCUGCGGCAGCUGCGGUAGCGAGGGUUUACGAUGAAGCUGUGGAGGGUCUGAAGGCCUCAUUAGAGGCCCUCCUAGAGCAGCCCGAGGCGAACCAGCCCACAGCAUCAGGAAUGCAGGAGGAUCUUGCCGCUUUGGCCGCCAGGAUCCAAGCUGUUGUUGAAGAGAAGUUGCCCUCCAUUGUCACUGCUCCCUGA